UUCGUUAUCGUGCUGAUGGGGAACAAAAUCGUCACUUUUACCGACCAGCAGCUGGAAGACUACCAGGAUUGUACGUUUUUCACGCGCAAGGAAAUCCUGCGGGUGCACCAGCGUUUCCACGAGGCAAGUCCGGAUCUGGUGCCUUUGGUCAUGGCCGAAGGGCAGGCGUCCACGUUGCAGGUGCCCCGGGAACGCAUCGAGAAGCUGCCUGAGCUGGUCGAGAAUCCCUUCAAGGGAAGGAUGUGCGAGGCGUUUUCGCGCGAUGGUGACGGCAAUCUUACGUUCGAGGACUUUCUCGAUCUGCUGUCGGUAUUUAGCGAGCAAGCUCCAAGGGACAUUAAGGUGUACUACGCGUUUAAAAUCUAUGACUACGAUCGUGACGGGUUCAUUGGACAAUCGGAUCUGCUGAACGUCAUAACGGCGCUAACUCGCAACGAGCUAACGGCAGAGGAACAUCAGCAGAUUGCGGAGAAAGUGAUCGAGGAAGCGGACGUGGAUGGGGAUGGUAAGCUUUCCUAUCUGGAGUUUGAACACGUGAUUACGCGGGCACCAGAUUUCCUCUCCACGUUCCAUAUUCGAAUCUAA